AUGGCGGCGCCGUCGUCAAAUUCUGGUACUGGGCCGGAUAGAUCGAACAAGAGGAAAGAAGAGGGGAUUGAUGACAUGCUACACAGAUUGGGAAUUGGGGAAGAGGACUUUGAUGAUCUGGUUUUUGAGGAAAUUGAGGACGUUCCAAAGGAGGGCAUCAAGUGGAUGGCAUUGGCUAGAGUUGACACAACAAAUUACUUCAGCUUAUCCACGUUUGAACAACACAUGCGGGUGGCUUGGAGUCCGGCUCAAGAAAUCAAGUUUCAGCAUAUAGAGGGUAACCUAUUCACAGUUCAAUGUUCCUGUCUUGGGGAUUGGCAGAAGGUUGAGAAGGGAGGACCCUGGUUAUUCAGACAAUCGGUGGUGUGCAUCGAACCUUACGAUGGCUUCACAGAUCCGGACAGUAUUGAUCUGAAUUUUUUCACAACUUGGGUGCAGAUUCAGAAACUCCAGAUUGGGUAUCGCAGUAAAGCCUUAAUCACGAACCUUAUGGAGAAGAAGGUGGGCAAAGUAGAGGAGAUCCAGACGAACGUUCAAGGAGCUGGUAACUUCGUUCGUGUAAAGGUUAAACUUGAUGUUCGUAAAGUUCUUGAGAGGUUUGUGUCCAUGGUGAGGGACGGGAAAAGAGAAAUAUUUAUCCUUAAAUACGAAAAAAUGCCGAGAUUCUGUGCGGCUUGUGGUUUUAUUGGGCACUCGCAUCUUGAGUGCGGUUCGGGGGAAUAUGCAGAGAAGGAUCUCAAGUGGGGCGAUUGGAUGAAGGCGGAUUGGGAUACAUGGUACAUUCGUGUAGCUCCUGCCGGGCGAGGUGGUGGUAACAGUACCAGAGGAGGAAGGUUCCCUCAAGCUCGAGGUGGAGGCCGAGGUCCUAAUCAGAGUGGUCAUGAGAACAAUACUGGCCAUGGUAACUUUACUAGCUGGAGACAUAAUGCAAUGGCAUAUGUUGACAAUACGGCUGUGACUGACCCAGCGUUGAAGGACACGGCGACGAGCCCCUUGAAAGGAAAAGAGAUGGAUAUUGAUUCUGAAGGGAACCCAAUAUCAGGAACUAAAAGAAAUAUAGCUGAUCAAUUCUCGGAAGAGGGUGGAUUAAUGAUCGCGGGUGCCAGUGGCGCUGAGUUGGGGGCAUCUCUGCCAGGCGCCCCACCACCUGGUGAGGAUCUGAGCAAUGGAAAAGGUGAUGAGGGUCUGGGUAACGCCCUGACAGUUCGUGCGCUUUCUGAUGCAAGGAAGCGAUGGGACCCCGAGGUGAUGUUUUUGUCGGAGACACAUCUCGAUACCUUUCCGGCUGAGUGCUUGAGGAGGACCUUAAAAAUGGAUUCCAAGAUUGUGAAUCCUAGCGAUGGCAGGAGUGGUGGCGUCAUGUUACUUUGGAAAAGAGAGGUUACAAUUCAGCAAAUUUAUUCGGCUCCCAAGUAUAUUGAUGUGAAGGUGAUAGAUGGGCAAUCUGGACAGUGGAGAUUUACGGGGAUGUAUGGAGAGCCGCGGUGGCAGGACAAAUAUAAAACUUGGGAUAAGAUUAGGGAUCUCAAAGCUCAACAUGAUCUUCCGUGGCUUAUUAUGGGCGACUUAAAUGAGAUCUUAUAUUCUCAUGAAAAAAGUGGAGGGAACCCAAGACCAACUUCGUAUAUGCAAGCUUUCCGAGAUGUCCUGAGUGAUUGUAGUCUGGAAGAUCUGGGGUUUGUCGGAGACCCUUAUACCUGGAAGCGUGGUCGCAUUCGUGAAAGACUGGACAGGGCGUUGGCUUCUCCCUCUUGGUCGGCCAUGUUCCCUAAUGCAGCUCUUCGUCAUCUUGACUAUUGCCGUUCAGAUCAUAGAGCUAUUUUGCUUGAUACUGAUUUUGAUAAUAUGUCAGCGCAACCAAGCCGUGGGCCGAAGAGAUUCGAGGCUAAAUGGCUUCAAGAAAGCACAUUCCGGGACGUAGUCCAACAAGCGUGGAUAACGGCGGGGAGUGCUGGCACUUCUGGCGGUAUACUGGAGCGAUUAAGUCGGGUGCACGAGGCAAUGCACGAGUGGGAUGCAAAUGUUUUGAAAAAACCGAAAAAGCGCCUAAGACGUGCCCAGCGAGAAUUUGAUCAGGCCGUCUCUGGGGCGCUGACAGAUGAAAGUGAAACAAAAGCUAAAGAGCUGGCCGAGUUAAUUGAACAAAUUUUGGAACAGGAAGAAAUUGAAUGGAUGCAAAGAUCAAGGGCAAAUUGGUUGAAACUGGGUGAUCGUAACACUUCUUUCUUCCACAAUUUUGCCACUGCCCGUAGGAAGAAGAAUUACAUCAAAAAACUAAAAGGUAAUAAUGGCUCUUGGGUUGAAGGCACAGAGCAGCUCAAACCUUUGAUUUUUGAAUAUUUUGCUAAUCUUUUCUCCUCAGAGGUUGGGCCUACGGACCCGGCAUUUCUGGACAAAAUCCAACAGCGAGUCACACCUGAGAUGAACCAGAAACUGCGAGCUCCUUUUUCGGCUGAAGAAGUGAAGAAGGCUUUAUUUAGUAUUGGGGACUUCAAAGCCCCGGGACCUGAUGGUUUACAUGCUGUGUUUUAUAAAAGAUUCUGGGACAUAUGUGGGGAAGAAAUUACUACGGAAGUACUACAUGCCCUUAACUCUGGUAUUAUUCCUGAAGGCUGGAACGACACCACUAUGGUUCUCAUUCCCAAGAUUGAUGAUCCGGAGCUGCAUGUUCUUGAUACCUACUGUGCAAAUUCUGGACAGAUGGUGAGUUUGGCUAAGUCAAAUAAAUAUUUGGGACUACCUGCUUUGGUUGGAGCGGAUAGAAGUGAUUCCUUUAAGCAUUUCAUUGAGAGGAUAAUUCAGAGAAUUAAUGGAUGGAAGGAGAAGCAGUUAUCAAUUAAAGCCUGGUAUCUUUGGUGGAUUCGACGCUGUCGAACGCACAAUGAGGAAGUUCCACCAUUACUCAAGUGCAAAAUGUCCAUUCUGGCGAUAACUGCAAACGCGAUGAAGGCUGAAAAGAAAUCCCCUGCAGGGACGGACAAGUGGAUCAGACCUCCACCCCGUACACUGAAACUUAACGUCGAUGCAUCGUUUGUUAUGGAGGAGAAGAUAGGGGCAACGGGAGCUGUCCUUCGUGAUUUCAUGGGAACCUUUGUGCAUGCAAAAUGUGAGCUAUUACCGCAUGUCCAGACUGCGGCGAUGGCUGAAGCAAUGGUGCUCCGUGAAGACUGA